AACGCUCGCGUUGCUGUUGGCUGAGCGCGAAAUUUCAAACGUAUGCGUUCGCGGAGGCAGCAGCUCGUUAGAGAAAAACAAGCCUCGAGAGAAAUAUAUCAGUUUUUCGAUUUUAAUUUAGGUUUAUAUAGACUUUCGGGAAUAACACGAGUUGCUUCUAAAUAUUUUCAAGGACUCUCUCUUUAACUCAAUGCGAAAUGGAUAUUGCCACUUGUUUACAGUGUUUUGAAAGAAAUCUGAGUUCGUAUACGGGGGACGACCCACUGCAUCCAUGGGACAAGUUUGUGGACUAUUUGGAGCAUCAACUGCCUGCAGGCGGUGGCAGCGAGAUGUCUCUGGUGUUUGACGCUCUUGUACAGAGAUUUUUAACUGUCGAGCGAUACGCAAAUGACAUCAGAUAUGUGAACUUCUGCAUCAGAUGUGCAAGUUUUUAUUCUGACCCUGUGGCGCUGUACAGUUACAUCUUCAGUAAGGGUGUCGGCACCAGGACUGCUGCCCUCUAUGUGGCCUGGGCACAACAGCUUGAGCAGAGAGGAUUGCAUGAACAGGCUGAUGCUGUGUACCAGAAAGCCAUGGAGAACCAAGCCCAGCCAGCCGACACUAUUGUCGAUGAACUAAGGCAGUUUCAAACAAGAAUCCAGAGCCAGACAGCAGUAUCAGCAGGAGGUCGAAACCCUUUGCAGAACUCCCAUUUAACCAAUCAGAUGUCAUCUCAGAGAGAACCUGUAGCUCCAAACAAGACCUCUGUGGAUUGUCCACCCAAACCACCCACUGUUCAAACCAUUGUAACAGUAUCUCGCUCUGAGACUUCAGGCACAAUUCCCUCGAGUCAGACCUCCGGUGUUCAGAUCGUGUCCCAGUAUAUGAAGGAUGAACUUGUUUGUGAGGGAUCUGAACUCAGCUUUGAGGAGGUCCGAGCAGAGAAAUACUUCCGCCAGCUCCAGGAGAAGCAGGAAGAGAAGGCCAGUCAAGACUGGAUCGCAGAGAGGAUGCUGAGGGAACAGGAGGAGGACAUCCUGAGUAUUAUAUCUAUGUUUGAGAAAGUAAACCAGGAGCUAGAGGCCUGUGGAGGUUUGACCAGCCAGGCUUCAUCACAGAGGUUGCCUGUUGUGGAAGGAGCCACAGGUCUGAACCCUAAUCCUAUCCAGCAGUCCUUUGGGCAUCCUCGACCCUCAAAUCGUCUGAGCAGCAGACGCUCUCUUGGCCUGAGAUUACACACUGAGCCGACCUUCAUCCACGAAGCUGCCGCCACCCCUGAACCUCCUCAACAGCAGGACGAGAGCAACACCAGACUGGCUGAAGCACACACUCUGAGCACAGAGAGGUUCCACCAUCCCUCUGUGCCGACUGACAGGAGUGUUCAUUUACCAAAUCCUGCACCGACAUUCACAGACCAAGCAUUUGUUGUCCAGCCCUCGAUGGUUCAGACUCGAUCGGUGCAGCCUGUAAGCUUCGAGCAGAUGAACCCUUUGCUCCACAGACCUGCCUGCACCUCUGUUGCGAACGCUGAUGGUUUCUGCCGGGAUGAUCAAGUUCAACUCGGCAGCUCGGAGAACUGGUGCCCUCCAGAGCAGAACAGCACCACACAUCAGGAUAUCGCUGAUCCAGCAGUGCCGGAGGAAAAACUCAACAUGUCACAGGGAGGUACAGGUAACCUGUCUCACAUCACUCCUAACACCUCACUGGGCUAUGUUCAGGCCACACCGUCCAGGGUGCUGCCGUCACCUACUGUCAACACACGAGAAGCACUGGAUGUGAUCAUGGACAUGUUCCAGGCCCCGACUCUACUCGAGGACCCGUUCAGCAACACAUCAAUGGUCCACACUGCUGAGAUGGCCGAACCACCCGGAUACCCAAGCAAUGUAGGCGUCUCCUCUCUAACCAAGCCCCCGACCACGGCCCCAUUCACCAUCUUCCAGGAUGACACUGACAAAGAAAAUGGAAGUGCUGCUGCACCUUCUGUGGUUGAGAAGUGUAAACCAAUCAGAGCUCUGGCUGAAAUCGCGGUGUCCAACAAACCUAAUGACACUCCUCCCGAUCUGAUGCCGGAUGAGAGCACUAUGUGGGGAGCUCGCUACAACUCCCUUAACUCGCUGGCAGCUUGUCCCAACAGCACCACAGACUUCGCCAUGUUGGCUCAGUUCGUCUCCACACCGUUCACGCACAAAACACCUUCCGGCAGCAACUUUUUCCCGGACCAAGAGAACAAUGGUGACGGUGCUGACGCUGAUGACGAAGCUUUUAUCCGACGCCAGACAAAAAAACUCAGCCCCAUCAUAGAGCAGAGUCCGUGUGAUGAAUCAGCCGUCAGUCAGCUCCUGCCGUCUUCUCAGAGACACGGCACCAUCGUAGGUGAAGGACUCGCCACAGCCCAGCUCUGCCUCACCACCUCCUCCAUCACCAUGGUGCAGCCUCCGCCUCCUGCUGUGCUCUCCUUCAGAGACCAGACGGUCUGUCCCAUCGACUCCACUGUCCCCAGGACCACAGGGCCCGGCUGGGAAGUGUACAUGAGCCCCGAGCAGCCUCCUAAACGGGCGUCUCUGAUCUCCAAGCAACCUCAGAGUUCAGCCAGACCCAGACAUGAACCUUUUACGAUCAUAGAAGACGAACCCACCAGCCCAGAACGAGCCCAGGAACAAGUUGAUGUCCCCAUGACUCCAGAGUGUGCCCUUAAAUCGGACUGGCUGGCCAUCAGAAGCCCAGAUGUCCCUGUUGAGCCUGACCUGGACGCCUUCCUGAGUCCUUGUCGGCCCAAAAAGAACAUGGAUGUCCCCAUGAGUCCUGAGGAGCCCAUGACCCCGGGGCUGCCUCAACAGUUCAGCACUGCAGAUGAACCCAUGAUGAGUCCAGACAGGGGGCUGAAGGCCGACAUGUCCAUGAACGCAGCACCAACACCAGGCAGGGCGGCCGUGGUCCAGCUGGUGUCAGAUCCCUGGAGCGAUGAGCUGAUCUCUGGCCUGCUGUCAGCUCUCACCCCACCUCUCACUGCUCACCCCCGCUGCAUCACCUGGCAGUGCAACGUGCCCAACAUCAGCCCAAAGACCACCAUCAGCAUGGGAAAAGCGUCCCUGCGAGUGGAUGGCGUCGUUGGAGAAGGAGCUUUUGCAACCGUCUACCAGGCGACUGACCCCGUGACCUCUGAGAGGGUGGUGUUGAAGGUUCAGAAACCAGCCAAUCCCUGGGAGUUUUACAUCAACACUCAGCUGGACUCUCGGCUGCAGCCUAAGGUCCGCCAUCUUUACAGCAGCAUUCGCUCAGCUCACAUCUUCCACAAUGGGAGCGUGCUGCUCGGCGAGCUUCACAACUACGGCACUCUGCUGAAUGCAGUGAACAUUUAUAAAACCCUGAGUGACAAGGUGAUGCCUCAGCCUCUUGUCAUAUACUUCACCGUCUGUAUUCUGAACAUGGUGGAGCAGCUGCACCACAUCCGCAUCAUCCACGGCGACAUCAAACCUGACAACUUCCUGUUGGGAGAGAGGUUCUUGGAGAACAAGUGUUUCGAGUCGGAGAACGUGGACCACGGCCUCGUCCUUGUCGACCUCGGACAGAGCAUUGACAUGGAGCUCUUCCCAGAAGGCACUGCUUUCACUGCCAAAUGUUUGACGUCAGGGUUCCAGUGCACCGAGAUGCUUAGUGGGAAACCCUGGAACUAUCAGACGGAUUACUUUGGGAUAGCAGGGACCGUCCACUGUAUGCUGUUUGGGACUUACAUGCAAGUUACAAAUGAAGGCGGCACGUGGAAGACAAACGGCGUUUUCAGAAGGAACCCUCACAGCGACUUGUGGCAGGAGUUCUUCCACACUCUGCUGAACAUCCCGCACUGCGACUCUCUGCCGAGCCUCCGGAGUCUCCGCUGCAAACUGUCGUCGGUCCUGCAGCAGAGCUACAGCAGCAAACUGCCCACGCUCAAGAGCCGCCUGGUGGUGCUGCUGCUGGAGAGCCGCAAGGCAGCUCGGAGAUGACCGCCUGAGACGGAUCACCUCUUUGACUGCAGUUUAACUGUAAAAUGUUGUGUUGAGAUGUCACUGGAGGAGCAUAUAAGCUCCUGAUUAGAUUUGUACAGAUUUGUAAAAAUGUAAAUAUAUUUAGUUUCUUUUAUAAUUCCAGUUUAUCUGCUUCCAAACUGUUUGAUGUGUGGGAGAGAGAAACAGUUUUGCUUGUUGAAAAAUAAAAUUUGGGUUCAGUUGUUGUAGAUGACUUUCAUUGUCUCUACAGAUGGAAGUCGGUCUGCACAGAUUUGUCGGGGGGGUCAGCAUUUAUUUCACUGGAACAUGAUAGAUUGUUUUGAAAUGAUUCCUUCAAGUUUUCGAGUAUGAUUUGGCUACAAUUAAUUUAAAACAUUUGUGUUAAUUUACUGAUUGACGGCCCCCUUGACAUGUAAAAUGUAUUUAAUGAGUACUGUAUUUUUAACACUGAUUUUUUUUUUUUCUUUUUAAACAUUCUAUAAAAAUGGAAGUGAGCAAGUGA